GACCUUUAGGAGGGGAUCUCCUCGACAGAGCGGCAUGGUCAUCGUAUCCUGCUGCACGUCUUUAUCCGUUUAAACAUUGCCUUGCCUCGUCUCGCAUGCCGACAUCGUAGAAAGUUCCAGCCCCUGCGUCGCAUCCUACGCAGCCCUUUCACUCACUUCAAGAUGGCCACCACAACCGAGUUUCCGCUCAACUUGACCGUUACGCCCUUCUCGUCAUAUCCGACAGGGGACACAGCGCGCGAAGAAGUUCUGCGCUCCUACACACUGCGCAGCAUUGCACUGACGCGAGAAAGCCUGAAGUGGAAGAACGGAAAGAAGUUCACGAACGCAAGCCAGGAUGGUGGCCACGUGCAGACCUUCUCGAGCGAGAGCACUAUGUCGGGCCGCGAGGGGAAUCUAAGCUGGCACGGUAGAACCAGUAUCCACACGGAAACCAAGUACGAGGCCUUCAGAGCUGGACUGCUCCUCGACCACUCGCCAAACGAGGCCAAAUACAUUCAUGCCAUCAGGGAGACUACCAAGGUCGACUCAUUCUUUGGCACUACCGCCGAAGUAUGGAGAAACGGAUACAAGCUGCCCAUCAUAACGAAAGACCGCGACUUUGUCGAGCUGAUCAUCACCGUCGACUUGCCCGCGCACGCGUCCCCAUUUUCUGAGGAGCACGAAGCUCUCGUCAAGGAGCAGCUCUCCACUCUCUUCCCCACCUCAAACAGCGAGCUGGCGGCUCCCAGGCCACCGGCCGACGAUGGCGAAGCGCAGCGGCUGCGCUCGUUCCUCGUGAUCAGCGUCCCAGUAUCCCACGACGCCGCGCCGCAGCAAAGAGGCGCAUACAUCCGCGGCAGGUACGUCAGCGUCGAGGCCGUUGCGGAGCAGGCGGACGGGACGACGGCGUGGAGAAUGAGCACGCAGAGCGACCCAGCCGGCAGAAUCCCCACAUGGCUGACCGAAAGGAGCCUGCCCAGCAAGAUCGCUGAGGACGUGCCUAGCUUCGUUAAAUGGGUCCGCCAGCAUGUGAUCUGAGGCGCGGUGCGGCGGCGCGAAAGCCAAUAGCUCGUGAUAGAGUUUGAUUCUUUAGUAUACCCUCGCCGUAUCAACGCUGAUGUAACGGCCUCCGUGAUACCCUAGACUCGGGCGACUCGUCCAGUCCCACUGCUCGAUGUGAUACGCUUGAACUUGACGUACU